CGACGUUCCGUCUCCGUCAGUGGCUGCCUCUGGCGCGGCCUUUCCUUGCCUGGCUGAGGAGGGAGGGCCGCUCGGCCGCCCGCCCGGCCAAGUCAUCCUCUCCUGAAGAUGGCGCUCUCCAAGAGGGAGGUGGACGAGUUGAAGCCAUGGGUGGAGAAGACGGUGAAACGGGUCCUUGGCUUCUCGGAGCCCACCGUGGUCACCGCCGCGCUGAACUGCGUGGGGAAGGGGAUGGAUAAGAAGAAAGCAGCUGAUCACCUUAAACCCUUCCUGGACGACUCCACUCUGCGCUUCGUCGAUAAGCUCUUUGAAGCGGUCGAGGAAGGCCGGAGCUCACGGCACUCGAAGUCCAACAGUGACCGGAACCGGAAGAGGGAACUCAAGCACUCUCUUCCCACAAGCGGGGCUGCAUCCUUCCCCAAGACACGGCAGGAUGUCUUUGGCGAUGACUCCGAGAUUUCCAAGGACUCUUCAGGGGUCAAGAAGCGGCGCAUCCCUCGCUUUGAAGAAGUGGAGGAGGAGCCCGAGGUGAUCCCCGGCCCGCCCACCGAAAGCCCGGGGAUGCUGACCAAAUUGCAGAUCAAGCAAAUGAUGGAAGCGGCGACGCGGCAAAUUGAGGAGAGGAAAAAACAGCUGAGUUUCAUCAGCCCCCCUCCGCCUCAGCCUAAAGCUCCGACGACCACCCAGCCAGAGCGCCUCCCUAUCGGCAACACCAUCCAGCCCUCGCAGGCUGCCACCUUUAUGAACGACGCCAUCGAAAAGGCCCGGAAAGCAGCUGAGUUACAGGCCCGGAUCCAGGCUCAGCUGGCUUUGAAACCCGGGCUCAUUGGCAACGCCAACAUGGUUGGCUUAGCCAACCUGCACGCCAUGGGCAUCGCACCGCCGUCUGCCCCCGGCGGGCUGGGGGCGCUCCCCGAGAACUGCGUUGUAACCAAAGUUGUGUUGGGGAUGUCUUGGCCCAGGAAAGUGGAGCUGAAGGACCAAACCAAGCCAACGCCGCUGAUUCUGGACGAACAGGGGCGUACGGUUGAUGCCACCGGCAAGGAAAUUGAGCUGACGCACCGCAUGCCCACCCUCAAGGCCAACAUCCGGGCCGUCAAGAGGGAGCAGUUUAAGCAGCAGCUCAAAGAGAAGCCCUCCGAGGACCUGGAGUCGAACACGUACUUCGACCCCCGUGUCUCCAUCACCCCAGCUCAGCGGCAGAAGAGGACCUUCAAGUUCCACGACAAAGGCAAAUUCGAAAAAAUCGCCCAGAGGUUGCGGACAAAGGCCCAGUUAGAGAAACUGCAGGCAGAGAUCUCGCAAGCGGCCAAGAAGACCGGAAUUCACACCUCUACCAAAUUGGCUCUGAUCACCCCUAAAAAGGAGUUGAAAGAAGGGGACAUUCCUGAGGUGGAAUGGUGGGAUUCCUAUAUCAUCCCCAACGGCAUCGAUUUAAAAGCUGCGGAAUUGCUUAAAAGAGAAGACUACUUUGGCAUCACGAAUCUGGUGGAGCACCCGGCUCAGUUAAACCCACCAGUGGACAGUGACAUGCCGGUGACUCUGGGGGUGUAUCUAACCAAAAAAGAACAGAAGAAACUGCGGCGUCAGACCCGCCGGGAAGCCCAGAAGGAGCUGCAGGAGAAAGUGAGGCUUGGCCUCAUGCCGCCCCCUGAGCCAAAAGUACGAAUUUCGAACCUGAUGCGAGUUCUGGGAACGGAAGCUGUUCAGGACCCGACCAAAGUAGAGGCCCACGUCCGAGCACAGAUGGCGAAGAGGCAGAAAGCUCACGAAGAGGCGAAUGCCGCACGGAAGCUCACGGUGGAACAGAGGAAAGCGAAAAAGGUGAAAAAGCUUAAAGAAGAUAUUUCACAGGGGGUCCACAUAGCCGUUUAUAGAGUCCGAAAUUUAAGCAACCCGGCAAAGAAAUUCAAAAUCGAAGCAAACGCCGGGGAGCUGUACCUAACCGGAGUGGUGGUUCUACAUAAAGAUGUCAACGUGGUGGUGGUCGAAGGAGGCCCUAAAGCACAGAAGAAAUUCAAGCGGCUCAUGCUGCAUCGAAUAAAGUGGGAUGAGCAGACAUCGAAUACGAAGGGAGACGAUGAUGACGAAUCCGAUGAGGAAUCUGUGAAGAAGUCAAACAAAUGUUCUCUGGUUUGGGAGGGCACGGCAAAAGAGCGCAGCUUUGGAGAGAUGAAAUUCAAGCAGUGCCCCACCGAAAAUAUGGCACGGGAGCACUUUAAAAAACACGGAGCGGAGCACUACUGGGAUCUGGCUCUGAGCGAGUCGGUGUUGGAAUCCACGGACUGAAAGCCUUUCCUGAGCCCGUUUCCAGCAAUUUUCAGCGUUCAAUUUUGAGAGCAAAGAACUCAGCUGAAACAUUGGACUUAGAGCUCCCACCCCCACCCCCUUUCUUCCCUCAAGGUCCCCACAGUAUAAUGCAUAUGAUUAAAAGAAAUAUUUUUCAAAAACAGAUCAAAACCACAAAGGUUUUUUUUUUUGGUUUUCCUCUUAUUUUUGAACGGAAACAGUUUGUGGAUUUUGAUGUGUGCUCUUUCGCUUUCCUGUUAUGCUCUCCGGAAAGAAUUCAUCUUUGAGGCCACGGAAAAGCAACGAGAGAAGUCUGUUUCCAGCCACGGCGUCUUUCCUCUCCAAACCUACCGGCCUCUAAAGAUACACCACUGUCUUCUUGCUUUAUUUUUUCCAGUUCUGUAGGGUUGUUCGGACACUUAAGGCAACUCAGCAAGGCGCCUCCGGGACAGGGAGAAGGAAGGAGUAGAGAGAGGAGCAGAGUGCGUGUGGGGUCACCGACUCCCGACGGACACGAGGGAGCGGUUCGCAACGUUGGAAAAUUGUACAGCAGUUUAGGAGCUGGGGAUUUAGCCCGCAUCCUACAUUUACAUAAUAAACUUUUUUUUUUGUAAGAAGUUGAAAAA